AUGAAUCCCCCACAGUGCCAUGGACCAUAUCGACCUACAUCUGUGGUGCGAGACAGCCCGGUCAUGCGUUCGCCAUUCUCAGCGUCUUCCUUCUCAUCCACCUCUUCCUCAGAAGCGUCGGGGGAACCCAGCACGCCAAUGAGAGCCAGCUCGCCAGCUGAUUCACAGGAUCCGCUCCAAUUAAGCCCCGUCUCGCCUCUUAAGUCACACCCGCAACUAUCAUUAUCACCAUCCUCUGCCUUCCACCACAACCAUCACAACAUCGGCUCCAGUCGAUUAAAGCGACGUGCCUCUCAAGGAUCCCUCCUAACAAAGCCUUCUCCCGUCUCUCGAUUCCUCUCUCGCAGCAACGCUUCUCUGCAUCUGCCAUCCUUGGAAGACUUCGGCCUUUUCUCCAAAUCCCCGACUCGGGCGGAAUCCCAGUCCAAUCCUUCCGACACUCGUCUUCGCGUCUCCACUUCCUCCACCGCAUCGGGCUCGCUGGCGGCUCGUGCGUCCCAGUCAACCGCCGGGGUGUGGGAGACAUCCGCCGCCAAAAGUGAUUAUCUCUCCGCCCUUCCCCCGACUCCCCCGGAUGACAACGACCACAUAGCGUGGAAUCCUUCAUCCGGAAUGUUGCUGUUCGAGUCGCAUAUGAACCGGGAGCCCGGGCCAAUGGCCAUGGAUGAAGGUCCCAGCAUCGGUAAUUCGCCCGGCCGAACGUCGGACGGCCUCAGCAGCCCGUCCGAUCAACUUUCAAAUGGAUCGCCGUCAAGCUCUGGUGGUAGCCCCGGAUCUUCUGGUGACAUGGAUUGUGAUCACAAUUCAUGGCUGGAGAAUAGUAUUGAAGCAUCGAUAUCAUCUCUUCCCUUUUCCAACGGUCGCGGGGAAGCCGUGAAGAUCGUCUCGCAAAUGCUUCCUUACCCACGACCGGCUGACAAGUCCGUCCCGGUCUCCGCACACGAUAGCGUAUACUGCGCCCUGGUUCACGCGAUACAAGAUCGCCUUCGUCAUGGACAGUCUCCAUACAUCAACAUCACUCAUGCUGUUCCUGAACAGUUCAGCCUUUCCAACUUACCCUCCUCUCCUCCACCGACGCCUCGCUCGCUCUUCUCCGGCGAGGAUUAUUUCAACCCACCGGCUGUCUUCUCCAGUGCAGCCGUGGUUUCCGCCUAUCACGAUUUCCGGGGUCCGAUCCAACCCAAGACGACGUACUCUCCGAUGCCGAUCGUGCCGCCACACACCGUCCACGUUUCGGUCUUGGAGCGGUAUCUCCCUCCGUCGUCCCCACAGGAAUACAAAGACAUGUUCUCCCGGUAUCGUCCGUCAUUCUUGGUCGACCGACUGAGUGAGCUAUCACCUGACGGCGGGUCAUUACUGUUCGUCUACCCCACGAGAAGGGGUGCAUCCACCUUUAAGUCGCAAUAUCUCGGGCCCAUCCUAGAUCCCUUACUCCGUCAGCUUGUGGUUGUGAAUGAGUUGUCCACCGACAUCGGUCGCUAUCUGGGGAAGCUGUCGUCCGUCUCACACAUGGAAGACUUUGACACGAUGCGGCAAAACCUCUCCCAGCUCUGUUGCGAUCUGAGCUCCCCAUCGUCUCAAUUCAGUAUUGUCGAUGCCCGCAAAGGCAGUGCCCAUCUGGACCGUGAUCUGUGGACCGAGUGGUACAUUCACCAGGAGAAGUCUCGUAUGAAGGAGGUUCUCAGCGUAUACUGGCAGAACGGCCGCCGGCUACCUGCGACCAAGGCAGUGUCGAAUAUGUCGACAAAUUACAUCCUGGAGGAUAAAGAGGUGACUUCGGCCAUGCUCUUAAGGGAGAUCCUGGAUGGUAUCCGAAGACGGCCAUAUGGCGAGGAUUCGGAGCCUCGGGAUGGUGUUGAGUUGGGAGUUUUCGUGAUCCGCCGGACUCACUAA